AUGGUUUCGCAUGGGUAUCAUGGACUGCUCGAAACCGUCUCAAAGACGUGGAGAGAUUUAAUCCGUAACUUGGACUAUGCCAACUAUAAGGCUAGAGAAGAAUGGUGUGGCAACUGGCUGUUUGUUCUGACAGAAGGCUCCAACAAUGAGUGGGUUGCUUAUGAUCCUGAAGCUGAUAGGUGGCAUCCUUUGCCAAAGAUUCCAACUGUCCAUGCUGACUGGAAACACUUUGGAUUUUCAAGUAUUAGUGUCAGAAAUCGGUUUUUCGUCAUUGGAGGGUCCUAUGCACCACAUGAUCCAGCAUUUCCACACCAAAGGCCUUUUAUAACAAACGAGGUGAUGCAGUUUGAUCCAUUUAAGAAACAGUGGACCAAUGUGGCAACCAUGCGUACACCGCGUUCUCAUUUUGCGUGCAGUGCUGUUUGUGGUAAAAUUUAUGUUGCUGGGGGGCGCAACUUAUCCUGCACCAGAGGGCUUGCUCUUGCUGAGGUUUAUGAUCCGGAGGCUGAUAAAUGGGAGGAGUUGCCACCAAUGCGCAACCCUCAAAUGGACUGCUUGGGCUUAUCAUACAAGGGCAAAUUUCAUGUUCUGAGUGACCAAGUAGGCCUGCCAGACCAAAAUACCUCAGAGGUUUUUAGUCCAUCUGAUGGAACAUGGCGCACAGUUGAAGACAUCUGGCCUUUUUCAAGGGCAAUGCAAUUUGCAGUUCAGGUGAUUGGAGAUAAUCGAGUAUAUACUGUUGUAGACUGGGGUGAGAGCUUGAUUAAAACAAGGGAUACCGAAAAAGGAGAGUGGUACAACAUAGGCUCAGUUCCAUCGGUGAAUCUUCCUGAUCACUCGCGGCAGCUGGAGGCUUUUGGUUAUGGUUUUGCUGCACUAAGACACGAACUUUAUGUUCUGGGAGGGAAGGCUCUCAAGUGGGAACAGUCAGGUGCUGGGAGGUUUGACAUUGUGAAGUUGGGUUUGGUGAGAGUUUGCAACCCCUUGGUUAAGCCCUUGAAAUGGAGGGAAACUAGACCCAUGGUUGGGUCCGCUCGUGGAACUGUUAUAGGGUGUGCGUCCAUGGAAGAAGAAUCUUCAAUUUUCCCAAGGUAG